AUGACUUACAAUCUUCAACCACUCAUCACCAUUCUCCAACGAAUCCUUAAUCCUGACCAACCAAGAUGGAUCGUUGAUGAAAACAACCCUCAACUUCAAUCCCUUAUCGAUAAAACUACUUCUCUUCAGCAGCUUCUUGAUAAAUCUUCACUCAUUAAACUAGACAACCAAGUCAGAGAAGUAGCACAUCGAGCAGAAGACAUCAUUGAAUCCCACAUGGUUGAUCAAAUGCUCCCUGGAUAUGAUUCUGCGAUUUUCACUUUUACCACACCAGAUCUGCAGCAAGUAAUACUAGAUUUUGAUUCUCUUACAAAGCAAGCAGAGAAGCUCGUGGAGAUGGAGGAUGAGAAGAUGCUUCGAAAACUUGAUUCUCCUAUGGAACACUUGAAGCUCGUGGAGAUGGAGGAUAACAAGAUGCUUGUGGGAAUUGAUGGAGAUCUGAGGCAGCUCAAGGAUCGGCUAACCCGUUUGGAGAAGAAGCUGGAGAUCGUCCCCAUCGUUGGUAUGGGUGGAGUAGGUAAAACCACUCUUACUCGAAAGCUUUAUGGAGAUCCAUUGAUUGUUGAUCACUUUGCAUACCGUGCUUGGACCACUAUCUCACAAGACUACAAUAUGCAACAAGUUCUCAAAACCUUCUUCGUUGCAUAA